GCACGUUAUGUUGACCCUUUGCACAUGUGAGAGCGCAAUGAAGGGAAAGCAGUGUUGAACUAUUUUUUUUUUUUUUAAAAAGGUCGGAAUUAUCGUCUCAUUGAAAGCAGACCAGACAUGGAAAAGAAACAGUCAUUUAUUAAAGACCCAGCAGAGAUGAUUCCGUCAGACUCCUCCAAUGAGGCUCCCGUUAAAGCCAAAAGGAGCAAGCCCGUGGAGCCUGAAGGUGAGGAGGUGGUCUAUCAUCCGGUGAAGAUGUCACGAAGUGAUCUGUACAGACCUCCUACGGCAGAGGAGCUCAACCAGCUGAAAGAAACAGAGAGCCUGUUUCACUGCAGUCUGCUCAAGAUGCAGAUGGAAGAGCUGCUGAAAGAGGUCUCCCUGAGUGACCGCAGGAAACAGCAAAUAGACUCCUUCGUUCAGACCGUCACUAAGAUGCUUCAGACCGUGCCAAAGUUAGCAGAUGUUGAGGUUGAUGACCUUUCAUGGCUGUCUGAUGCAGUUAAUGUCCCGUUCCUCCUGGUGCCCAAAACAUCAAAGGGAAAGUUCCACAUGGUACCUCCUGCUUCUAUUGAUCUGAUUGGCAGCUACCCCCUGGGUACCUGCACCAAACCUCGCAUUGUGGUGGACCUAGCUGUUACUAUCCCGGCUGAGGUCCUGCAUCCCAAAGACAUCAUUAACCAGAGGUAUCCCCGGAAAAGAGCUCUCUACCUUGCAGGUCUGGCCCAGCACCUCAUGUCUUCCUCUGACAUUGGGACCAUGCGUUAUUCAUGUCUCCAUGGUAAUCGACUGCGUCCAGUUCUGCUGCUGGCCACUCCAGAUACAAACACCACCAGCUUCAGUGUACGUGUUCAUGCCCUUCCUCCUCCGGGGUUCUUCAAGCCCAGUCGUUUCCAUCCCCAGAGGAAUAAUAUCCGGACAGAGUGGUACACCGGAUUGAAGACCAUCCUUUCUGAUAGCAGCGAACCUCCCACGCCACAUUACAACAGCUCUGUUCUGGGAGAUUUACUUCCAAGGGCCCACCUUCAAUUCCUCUCGGCUAUCAGCUCCCAGUGCUCAGCUUUUGCUGAAGGGGUGGCUUUACUCAAAGUGUGGCUUCGUCAAAGAGAGCUCGACCAGGGCACUGGUGGUUUGAAUGGCUUCCUGGCUUCAAUGCUGUUGAGUUAUCUGCUAACCACUCACAGAAUCAGUAACAGCAUGACAGCCUAUCAGCUGCUUAGAAACAGCUUGAACUUUCUGGCAUCAACAGACCUGACAGGGAAUGGAAUCAGUCUAGCAAAAGAUCCUGACUCCACUGCUCCGUCUCUGUCAGAGUUCCACCGUGCUUUCCAGGUCGUGUUUGUUGACCCCUCCGGGCAUCUCAACCUGUGUGCUGACAUGACCGCUUGUACCUACAAACAGCUGCAACAUGAAGCAUCAGUGUCGAUGCAGUUCUGGGACAACCCAACAGUGGAUGGGUUCCACAGCCUCCUCAUGACCCCGAAACCCAUGAUAAGGACAAGUGACCAUGUGUUCCAGUUAUGUGAGCUGGUGAAGCUCCAGUCCAGCUGUAAGAAACUGAAUCUCCUCAGUGAGCUGAUGGACCACAGUGGAAACUAUGUCCACACCGCGCUCCCUUUCAUUCUGUCACUGCUUGAGCGAGGACUGGGCCAAAGGAUUCAGCUCCUCACCCACUCCCUGUCUCCUGAUCCAGAGUGGUCUGUGGAGAGUGAAGCCCCAAAACACAAAGCUCAGCCUCCACUCUCCUUCGGCUUGCUCUUAAAACCGGAUAUGGCAGUCUCUGUCCUGGAGAGAGGACCCCCUGCAGACAGUCCCAAGGCGGCUGAGUUUCGUCAGCUGUGGGGCUCUCGCUCCGAGCUGCGUCGUUUCCAGGAUGGUGCCAUCACUGAGGCCGUCCUGUGGGAGGGAGAGAGCAUGUGUCAAAAACAACUGGUCCCCAGACAGAUCAUCACACAUCUGCUGCAACUACAUGCAGAUAUCCCCGAAUCCUGUGUGCGGUAUGUGGGGGCGAUGGUGGAUGACGUCAUCAAAACGGGAAAUAAGGUGCCAAGUACUGGUGAGGAGGAGAGUUUGCUGGUGGUUAAGUCCUACGAUGACCUCAGUAGAAAACUGUGGGGACUGGAGGGUCUGCCUCUCUCCAUCACAGCAGUGCAAGGAGCCCACCCUGCACUUAGAUACACACAGGUCUUCCCCCCUGUGCCACUGAAGUUGGAUUAUUCCUUCUUUGACCAAGAAAAGUCUUGUAGAUCAUUGGUGCCAAAGGAAGGAAAACCCUGCCCUACUUAUAUCACUCCGAUCACAGUGAUUUGUCACAUGGAGGGAAGUGGAAAGUGGCCACACGACCACCUGGCCAUCCGCCACAUCCGAGCUGCCUUUCACAUCAGUAUGGGCGAGUUACUCAAGAAGUACCAUAAUUACACAUGCAGGCCCUGCCCAACACACCUGGAUGUCUGGAAGGACGGCUUGGUGUUCCGCAUCCAUGUAGCAUACCAUCGGGAGCCUCAGGUGCUGAGGAGUAGUGUGAAUCCAGAGGGGCUGCUGGUUGUGAGAGACAACGAAGAGGCUCAGGCUCUAGAGAUGGCCACCAUUCACAAGCCUCUACUAACCAGCACUUUGCAUGGGCUCCAGCAGCAUAACCCAUGCUUUGGGGCAGUGUGUCGUCUGGCCAAACGUUGGCUUGGUGCUCAGCUCUUCAGUGAAGAUCUGACAGAGGAUACUGCAGACCUGCUGGUGGCGUCACUUUUCCUGCAGCCUGCACCCUUUACGCCUCCUGGUUCUCCUCAGGUCGGCUUCCUUCGCUUCCUUCAUCUGCUCUCUUCCUUUGACUGGAGGAACAACCCGCUGGUUGUCAACCUAAACAACCAGCUCACAGCCACCGACUACACAGAGAUCAAGAAUGACUUCAUGGCCUCCAGGGAGUCUUUGCCUGUCAUGUUUUUAGCUACGCCUAAAGAUAAAAAACUAUCUUUGUGGACCAAGAGAGCACCUAGUGUACAGAUGCUCCAGCGCAUUGUGAUGGUGGCUGCAGAGAGUCUGAAGGUAUUGGAACAUCAGCUGAUGGAUGGCAGCCAGAUACAAGAUGUCAGGGUGGUAAUGCGACCUCCUUUAGAGGCCUAUGAUGUGCUGAUUCACCUGAACCCAAAGCAGGUUCCCCUUCUCAGCCAUGCAGUAGACCCUCCCACUGUCACCUUCAGUAGGGGCAUCAUGACUGGCACCGUGUCCUCAUCUGGGGGGUUCCUGCCCGUCAUCGAUUACAACCCUGUGUCCCUCUUCCUGGCAGAGCUGAGAGAGGCUUUUGGAGACCUAGCCCUCUUCUUCUGCGACCCUUAUGGUGGAACAGUGAUCGCAGUUGUGUGGAAGCCUAAGGCUUUCAUCCCAGCGUCCUUCAAGACGUCACAGUUGUCUGCGCGGAGUGUGCAGGUGAACGGUGAAGAAGCAAACACCAUUCCAAAUGUUGAAGCAAUUUUGGAGGACUUCCAGGUCAUUGGAAAAGACUUGGUCAAAUCAGUGGAGGCUAGGACUGAGAAAUGGUCAUUUUAGAUGUGUACAGAUGCAUUCAUCCACAUACCACAUUUACCGGGUAUGAAACAUGUAAGCAAAGUGGCAAUUUCACCACAAAAGGUAUAUUAAUGCCUUUUGAUUUAUUUGUACCUGAGUUAUGAAAACAUAAAGGAAUAUUGGACAUCUUGUUUACAAUAUUAUGUGUAAAUGUUGCUGUUAAACACCAGCAAUGUGCUUGUGUUGUAUGACCUGUAUGUUGCAUAAUAAAUGCAUAUCUACUG